CACCAGCGACGAAUUCAUCAAUCCAGGAAGGGAAGGCAUCGAAGAAAAAGAACCCCUUCUCUGCUUUGAUCUUCGACCUCUUCAUCAAACCCGAAGCUCGAAGGCGUCGAUCAUGGCCAAGCUCCAGGGUUUCGCCAAUGCGUUCGUCUUGUUCUUGGCUUCCGUGGCCGCAAUUCAAUGCGUUUCAGGUGAGAUCGUGUGUGAGAAACUGCCGACGGACAUCUGCGCGUUCGCAAUAUCGUCGUCGGGCAUGCGGUGCGUGUUGGAGAAGUACGUGCAAAGGGGAGAGGUGAAUUAUCAGUGCGUGACGUCGCAAGUGAGGGCCGAUAAGCUGCAUGAGGCCGGCGGGUGGAUAGAGACCGACGAGUGCGUCCAGGCGUGUGGGGUGGACCGGAGCUGGGCCGGCAUCUCCUCCGACCCCCUUUUGGAUCUUCAUUUCAUGGACAAGCUCUGCUCUCCUCCUUGCUACAAGGGUUGCCCUAAAAUAGUGGAUCUCUACUUCAACCUUGCUUUAGCAGAAGGUGUUUUCCUUCCCAACUUGUGCGAUGCCUUAAAAUCCAAUCCACGACGCGCAAUGGCCGAGGCAACAUUCAAAUCAGGUUCCAUUGGAGAUGGCGCACCUGCACCAGCGUCUGCAGCACCAGUUGCAUCCGCGCCUGCACCAUUUUAGUAUAUAUGGUGGUCUUCAUUUUAUAUAUAUGUUGGCAAAUAAUUAGUUUGUUAUAUAUGUAUGCCCCAUUAGGGCUCAUUGCGGCUUGUUGUUUCAGAAUAACUGUUUAGGCUUAAGCGUAUAUCGUUCUUCUGUGCACACUGUGUACCAUUGACGUGAAGCAAAUUAAAUACCAUAUUGUCGUUCUGUUCA